UUCGAUAAAGGACAGACACCCAACACAACACAACACAUCACAUCAACAUCUCUCCUAGGUUCUUCCACACACACACACACACACACAUACACUCACACUCAACACACAUACUCAUUCAAUUCUCUCCCAAACUCCCGGGCCUCUCUCAAUCUCUCAUCAAUAUUCAGUUUCAUGGAAUUGGUAUACAACAACCCAUGAAUGCUGCAUUUUUCUUCAAAGCACUGUUCUCUACGUUUUGGGCAAGAAUUUGGAGAGAAAAAAAAGAAUUCAGUUUCAUGGUUCAAACCCAAACGUUUGUUUUCUCAUUUAUUGUUGGAAUUGUGAAUGAAUCAUAAAUUUGAUUCCUUGACCAUACCUUCGAUGCACAUUUAUUACAAGCCCACAUGAUGACAACAUAAAAACAUCUCCCUCUCACCCUCUGUUGUUGUAAUAAGCUCAAAAAUUCUCGUCUUACUUACCUUUUCUUGUUCCUCUCACUCAUGACAUCUGUUGUUCCGAUUUUUGCCAAGAGAAUCAGCUGCAAAAUCUUGGGUUUGAAUUCGUUCGCUCCUAUUUGCAGUAUCGGUUUUGCAGAAUCUUGAGUAUGAAUUCGCGUUUAUGUAAUAUUAUAUAAUUGCCAUAGUGGGUUUCCAAAGUGCAGUUUCAUGUCCGAAGCUUUCUCAUCUGGAAUUUGCUGAGGCUUGAACUGAAGAUGCACACAAGAGGGGGGAGUUUAGGUUCAUUGGAGGAUGGCAAAGUACCUUAUGUUAGAAUCAUAAACCAGCCAAGUAGGCCUUUUCCACUAAAAUUACUACAGUUUCUCUUGCUUUUGUUAGGAUUAGGCAUACUUUUCUCGUUUCUAAGUAUGUAUGCUAGCCGGUAUCUUAAGAUCGAGACCGAAGUUUCUGUGGUUCAAUCAAGAUUUCAGCCCUGUGUUCGAGAACCAAAUACUAUAGAGAGUUGGGUUAGACCUCCUUCAAACCUUUUGCAUCAUAUGAAUGACGACGAGCUAUUCUGGCGGGCUACAUUUGUUCCUCAAAUUCAACAGUACCCCUACAAGAGAUCUCCCAAGAUUGCAUUCAUGUUCUUGACAAGAGGGCCUUUGCCUAUGGCACCUCUGUGGGAGAAAUUCUUUGAUGGGAAUGAGAAGUUCUAUUCAAUCUACAUCCACUCAUUACCUUCCUAUAGGCCGGAUUUCCCACCUUCAUCGGUUUUUUAUGGCCGGCAAAUUCCAAGCCAGGUUGCUGAGUGGGGAAUGAUGAGCAUGUGUGAUGCUGAGAGACGUCUUCUUGCUAAUGCGUUACUCGACAUCUCCAACGAAUGGUUUGUCCUUCUCUCAGAAGCAUGCAUUCCUAUUCAAAACUUCAGCAUCGCUUACCGCUACAUAUCAAGAUCACGAUACAGCUUUAUGGGUUCAUUUGACGACCCUGGUCCUUAUGGUAGAGGACGAUAUGACGACAAGAUGUCACCUGAAGUCAACAUCACAGAUUGGCGUAAAGGAUCUCAAUGGUUUGAAGUUAACAGAAAACUGGCAGUCGACAUUGUUGAAGAUAGCCUUUAUUACCCCAAAUUUGAAAAGUUCUGCCGACCAGCAUGCUAUGUAGACGAACACUACUUCCCCACAAUGCUGAGCAUAAGAUCUCCCCAUCUACUGGCAAACAGAAGUCUAACGUGGGUCGACUGGUCGAGGGGCGGGGCCCACCCUGCUGCAUUUGGAAAAGAUGACAUAACACAUGAAUUUUUCAAGAAUAUCUUUGAUGGUGAACCAUGCUUCUACAACAAUCAGCCGACAUCCCUCUGUUUCCUGUUUGCCAGGAAGUUUGCCCCCAGCGCUUUGGAUAAAUUAGUAGCGAAUUCAACCAUUUUUUUUGGAUUUUGAGGAACGAUUACUUACUGAUUCUAAUUUUUUAUGAUUAUGAAAUUAGGCAUACAAUGCUGAUAAUAUAUUUACAUAUAGCACAGAAUUCCAGUAGUGUGACAGAUAGAAGUCAGAUUUAACAGCCUCCUGGCUACGUCACAGAACAGUAUUUCGAUCUUCUGUCAUUGUAAUGAUAUUCAUAUCAUAGUAAAUGAGAUUGAGAUCAGU